GAUACGAGCUAGAGGGAGCUGAUGGUUUUUGAAAUCGUUUACCUGUUCGAUCUCUUGUCUCUGGUAUGUCCAGAACAUUUGAAGCUGUUGCUGUUGUUGCUGGAGGAGGUGGUGGUAUGUCGCUCCUCCUCCGGUGACUAUUGAUGCAGAUCCAGAUGGUGGAGGAGGGAUUACGGUUGUGACGGCGGAGCCAGGUGGAUAGACGGAGGUUGGUGGUGGUUGCUGGUUGUUGUUGUUGUUGUUAUUGUCCAUUGGAUCUUUGCCUUGUGAUUGGAUCAAAAGAUCAAACUAACGUUUUAGAUAGUUUUUGUCAUAUGGAUUGGAGUAAUAGUGGAUAAGAAACAGGUCUCGACGACGACGACGAUGACGACACAGGAGCUAGCGAUGGAAGGAGAGAAGCAAUUGGAAGAAACUAUUGAAGCGGCGUUUCAGAUAAUUUCAGCCAUGAAUGAUGAGCUUUGUAAUCCGUCUUUGUGGUCUACUUCAGCUACCCCGAGUUCCGCCGCGACGACGACGGGUUCUAAUGGUUCGGCUCUCGUUUCCGCCGAUGCGGCUGCGAUUGAUGGAACAUCGCAUCAUUCGGAAUCUGCUGGUGGUGGCGGGGGCGGAGGAAGUGGAAAUAGUGUUUUGGAUGAGGCGAGUCUUCGGUAUAAGAACUCAGUGACUUCGCUUCGUGCUGUUCUUGCUGCGAUUCCAAAUUCGCAGAAGGCAAAAGCAUCUGAAAUGCAAAAUGGUUUAGGAUCUCCUGAAAGUGAAGACGAGAUCGAAAAAUUGGAGGAGCAAGCCUUAAGUCUCAGAAUGGAGAUUGCAAAGAAGAAUGUUCAUGUUAAAGAACUUAUAGAUAAACUUCGGGAACUUAUAGCAGAUAUCUCUACAUGGCAAAGCCCUUGUUCUGUUUGA